AUAAAGGGGGAGUCAAGUAGCGUAUUGAAAAAGUUGUUAACUUUUAUUUCACAACUAUAUUCCAAGCUCCUAGCCCUCUAUAUUUUAUCUUAAAAGUUAACGUUGAAAACUAUUGUUAUUUAAUAUUUAAUAAAAAUGUCAUCACAAUUUCGAGUUUUUAUAUCUCAACGAACAGUAAUAGGAGAUGAAAUUUUGCCAGCAAUCAUUGUUGUUUAUCAGGAAAAAAUCGAAGAAAUCAUUUACAGUGAAGUAAAUGAACAGAUUACAAGUUAUCUCGAACAGAAAUAUCCUAAAAUCGAAAUUUUCAAUUUCGGGACACGAGUAUUAAUGCCAGGUAUCGUAGAUUCUCAUGUUCACAUAGAUGAUCCUGGAAGAACACAUUGGGAAGAUUUUCGUACUGCAACGAAAGCUGCUGCUGCUGGUGGAGUUACUACAGUGAUUGAUAUGCCUCUCAAUUCAAUUCCUCCAACUACCACUGUAUCUAAUUUGGAGAUAAAAAUGAAUGCUGCUUCUGGGAAUAUUUAUGUUGAUGUUGGCUUCUGGGGCGGACUUGUACCAGAUAACAUUAAUGAACUUAAGCCAAUGGUUGAAGCAGGAGUUGUUGGCUUCAAAUGCUUCCUGAUUCCGAGUGCUACUGAUGAAUUCAAACAUGUGUCUGUGUUGGAAGUAGAAAAUGCCUUAAAAGAGCUUCAAUCGAGCCAAACUGUAGUAGCUUUUCACGCAGAGUUCGAAGAUAAUAUUUCUAUCAAAGGCUUUGAUCCUACUUCUUAUAAUACUUUUCUGUAUUCUCGUCCACCAAGUAUGGAAAUUAACGCAAUCAAAACAGUGGCCUUACUUUGUGAAAAAUACAAAACCAGAUGUCAUAUUGUUCAUCUUUCUGCAAAUGAAGCUCUUGAUGUAGUAUCGGAAGCUAAGAAAAACGGCGUACCACUAACAGCGGAAACAUGUUAUCAUUAUCUGACAUUUUCUGCUGAAGAUAUACCUAAUGGCGCAACACAAUUUAAGUGUUGUCCUCCUAUUCGCACAAAGGAAAAUCGAGAAAUCCUUUGGGAAGCUCUGAAAAAUAAGGUUUUAGAUAUGGUUGUCUCUGAUCAUUCACCUUGUACUGAAGAUCUCAAGAAUAAUAAUUUUAUAGAUGCUUGGGGUGGUAUCUCAUCAUUACAGUUUGGACUACCUGUUAUUUGGACUGAAGCUGAAAAGAGAGGAGUCAACAUUAAUGAUGUUGCACGCUGGAUUUCUACUAAUCCAGCAAAAUUGUGCGGACUGGAGAAAUCAAAAGGACAGAUUAAAGUGGGAAUGGAUGCAGAUUUUGUUGUUUGGGAACCUGAAACAGAAAUGAAAGUACAAAAGUCUGAUAUUCUCUACAAAAAUAAGAUAAGCCCGUAUGUGGGAAAAACAUUGAAAGGUAAAAUACAUUCAACAAUACUGCGUGGGAAUUUUAUUUACAAAAAUGGUCAAGUUCUGGAGGAUUUAAGAGGAAAACUGCUUUCGAAUUCAAGUCUUUAACGCAAUAAAAAUUCGAACAUUACAUGUAAAGAUUAUAGAAAAAAUAAAAAUUCUUGGGUCAACACUUGUGACCUUGCCAACGUAAAAUA